UGGACACCGAAUGAGCGAGCUGCGAGCACCAGUUUAGGCAAGUGAGCAGCUCGCCAGUUGUCGGUCGCGGCCUCCUGCGCUCAGCGCUUCGCUCGCGGUGCCGGUGCGUGAGGUGAGGUUGAUGGGCGCGGAGGGAUGAGCGAGAGCGCCUUGACCAUAAGGCGGCUGAGCGGGCCGUCGAACGGCGGCGGCAAUGCGGGAGCUAGCUCUUGCGCGGUCGGCACCUGGGGAGGAGGAGGCGGCGGCGGCGGCAAUGCGGCGCGCAUCCGGGGCGUCAACGUGGGGCUCAUGGACGAGAAGGUGCUGCAGCUCGUGUUCCUGGCGCUCAACUGGGACCCGCAGUCGCUGUGCGCGGUGGCGCGGGUGAGCCGGCGCCUGCGCGCCGUGGCGGAGCGGGUGCUGUGGCGGGAGCUCUGCGUCUCGCGGGCGCCGCGGAUGGUGGCGGCGCUGACGGGAGGCCCCGCGGGCUCGGCGCCGGCGGCCGGGCGCGUCGGCGGCGGGUGGCCGGCGCUGGCGAAGCUGCUGCUCUUCUGCUGCGGCGCCGCGGGCGCGGGCGUGACGGGCCACUUCGCCCCGGUCUCCCGCUUCUCCAAGACGUCCGGGCGGAGCUUCCUGCCGCGCCGCUGCGCGGGGGACCUGCUGUACGUGUCGGACCCCUGCGAGCACGCCGUGGCGGGCGCCGACGACGUCGGCGUCUACCGCGGCGUGUUCCGCGGCUUCAUGCGGUCCCGGACGCGGGCGUGGCUGGUGGGCCACCGCGCCGCGCUGGACCCCCGCGCGCGAUGCCCCUACUGCGGCGCGCGCGUCUGGAGCAUGGCCGCCGCGGGUCUCGCCCCGCGCAGCGCGUCCCGCAGGCUCGGCGCCUACGAGGGCCGGCUCGAGUACUUCGUCUGCGUCAGCGGCCACCUCCACGGCAGCUGCUGGCUCGCGCGCCUCUCCGACAGCGAGGGCACCGGACCCGACGCCGACGACACGUCCGCCGGCGCCAGCGACGAGGACGACGCCGACCUGUGACGCCGAUCGACGGGAGGGACGUGUACAGAGUAUUAGAUAGCGUCAACUUGCCAUUUCUCCACCUUGUUGUCUUUGAUUCAUCUUGUAAAGUUGUAAAUUGUAAUGCGGUAGUUCUAGCGUUCUGCACUUGCCCUGUUGGCUAUUGCUGCAUUGCAUUUCACUGC